AUGUUAUUCACGGUUCUCUUUUUGUUUUUGGGAACUCUUGUCCUCUAUGUCGCCAAAGUAUUGUUGACACGGAGGCCCGGCCUGCCACCAGGUCCAAGGCCAACGCCACUUCUUGGCAACAUAUCUGAUCUACCACCCUCAGGGACUCCAGAUUGGAUUCACUGGCUUAAAUACAAAGAGGCCUACGGGCCGGUCAGCUCUAUCACGGUAAUGGGACAAACUAUCGUCAUAUUGAAUGACGCGAAAUCGGCCAUCGAACUCCUAGUGAGACGAUCUGCAAAUUACUCCUCGAGGCCAAGCCAAGUCUUUGUGUCCGAAAUGGUGGGAUGGGAAUACUUUUUUGGACUGCUCAAAUACUCCCCUCGAUUGCGCUCCUAUCGCAAGGCAACGCAACCAUGCAUUGGAUCUGAGUCGGCCGUGGCCCAGUUUAAUCCUCUGCAAGAGGUAGAAGCCCACCGAUUUCUGUUUCGCGUUCUCGAAGAUCAAACAAAGCUUAUAAAGCAUAUUCAAACAGAGGCCGGUGCAAUCAUUCUUAAAAUAGCAUACGGGUAUACUAUUGAGCCUCACCAGCGGGAUCCGUUAGUAGAGAUUUCAAAUCUGGCCCUUGAUCAUUUUUCCAAAGCCGCUACACCAGGUGUCUGGCUGGUUGAUAUAAUUCCAGCUCUAAAACAUGUCCCGUCCUGGCUUCCCGGAGCAGGUUUCAAGCGCACCGCUCAAGCCUGGAAGAAGAAUCUUGUGACUGUCGCGGAAAAGCCAUAUGCAUUCGUAAAUCGGCAAAUGGAUGAAGAUCGGCAUCAGCCGUCUUAUCUUUCCAACUUAUUUAAAACAACAGGGCGCCCUUCACGCGGCUCGGAAGAAGAGUUUGUUGCAAAAUGGACAGCUGCAUCGCUUUACGCAGGUGGUGCUGAUACCACUGUGUGUGCUAUAGAAACAUUUUUCCUUGCCAUGACACUACAUCCCGAGGCCCAACGCAAAGCACAAGAUGAGAUCGAUAAGGUUUUGGGCCCUUGCCAGCUCCCAACAGCCGACGAUCGAUCCCGUUUGCCGUAUAUCGAUGCUCUAGUGAAGGAAAUUUUGCGAUGGCAGCCAGUGGCACCAAUGGGUCUUCCUCAUGCGUCAAGUGAAGAUGAUACCUGGGGAGAAUAUUUCAUCCCAAAGGGUUCAUUGCUUUUACCUAACAUCUGGGCUAUGACGCAUGAUCCUACUGUUUAUCAUGACCCCAUGCUGUUCAAACCAGAGCGCUUUUUGGGGAUUGAUGGACGUGAGCCGGAGUUCGAUCCUCAUGAUCUUGUAUUUGGAUUUGGGCGUCGCAUCUGUCCCGCGCGUAUAUUGGCCGAUAACACAUUGUAUUUGAGUGCAGCACGAUCGCUUGCGGUCUUCAAUAUCAUGAAAGCCGUCGAAGAUGGUAAGGAAGUUGAUGUCCAACCAAACUUCCAGCCUGGGGUCAUCGGUCAUCCGGUACCAUGGAAGUUUAACAUCCAACCUCGCAGUGCGGAUCAUGAAUCCCUCAUUCGCUCAGUGGAACAAAUACAUCCAUGGGAGGCGAGUAAUGCACCAGACCUAGUGGAUAUUUAA